UCUAUCCCUCAUGUCGUUGCCUCAGUCGCUGCGAACGUCUGUCACACCACCUGAGCUCGAGCUCAUCGCGUGCCAGGAGCUUAUUGAGAUUAUACCUCUUAUUUCCAUGGAAAAAACCGCUUUCAUCUCGGGCGCGUAUGGGCCGCUACGACCCCCACAUAAAGCCAAAAUUCCUCUUUGGAUGGCUUUGAAUCUAAAAUCAAAGAGGAAAUGUCAUAUUGUCGCGCCAGAUUGGCUAAGCGUAGAAUACUUGCAAGAUCGACUGACCGAGGAAACUACGAGGAAGGAAUUCAGUAGCCUACCUUUCCGAUUUGCCGAAAUCGCCAAAGUUUUACUUGAUGUUGCAUCGGAUGACCUACAAAACCCUGAUCGUCUACGUUCGUUGCUCAAGGACAUACGCGAGGCUCGUCAGGCAAAGAGUAGAGAAGGUCUACGCCAGCUUGAUCACAGCGAUUUAAUGUUAACGCGCCUUUGCUCCAUGGAAAUUAACGAGAUCCGGCCUUUUUUCAUACAGUCAAUGGGUGUAUUGACGCAGCUUACCCGCCAGUCUACAUCAGAGUCAUGACAGUUUUCUAGCUCCCACUUUGUUGCCUUUUAUGUCCGAGUAUCAUCCAGCCCCAAAAAUCAUACUCCAAAAGGGUUCGAGAUAUAGACAUGCCGUUCAUAUGACGCGUCAACCAAGCGACCCUAAACAGUGGACGCAUGCUGGAGUGUGGGGUCAGAGAGGUCUUCUGAGAUGGAGCCGGCGGAAGAAAUAAACCAUUUCUUUCCUUGUAGUACAUCCAACAUAGAUGACUAGUUCAUAGGG